AUGCUAGCAAACAUAGGUCAGGACAUAAGUGAGUUGAAAAACUUUAGGGACGAUGUGAGAUCAACCUUAAGAAACCAUGGCGAAAAACUCAAGUGGAUGGAGGCUCGAGUAGGAGAACUAUCUCAACAGGCCCCCAAGUCAACAGCAAUGUUCCCUAGUGACACAGAAAAGAAUCCUAAAGGGGAACAAAAGGGAGUGAGAUGGGAAGAAUGCAAGGCCAUCACCACAUUGAAGGAAGUCUCAGAAGAAGACGGAAUCAGACCCUCAGAAAAGGAGCCAGAAAUCUUGAAGGAAGGUGUAGAAGAAGCUAAGCAGGAAAGUGAAACUGAGCAAGCCAAGGAACUGCAAAAUAAAGGCAUGCCGGAAACAUACCAACCAAAAGCACCAUUUCCUCAGAGGUUAGGAGGAGGUGAAAAAGGGAAAACAUAUUCAAGGUUUUAUGUAGUAGCUACGGAGAUUAGGACUCGUAUGUACAUUCAGCGUGAUCAUCCCUUCUGUCACCCGAUUGACACUCAACAGUUUAACCCCGACAUGCCCUAUGAGUUCCCACUGCAGUGGCUCCACCCAUAUGCUCCCUUUCACCCGUCUCAUGAUGGGCCGAUGCCUCACCAGCAUCCCGAUCAGCCUGCGGAUCAGGCGGACCCUGAGCCUAAGCCCAUGGAGGAGCAUAUUCCAGAGCCUGUACCGGAGGAGGAUAUCCCAAUGGAGCAGAUCUCGGUAUCUUUAUCCGAGCCAUCUUCUGAGGAGCCGCUCACCGCCUCUAUUAGUGGACCGGCGAGUGCUGGUCAAACUAGUAGCACGAGUGCCAGUGCCCCUCCUGAGAUUAUAGAGAUUUCCGAUGACGAGGACGAGGAUCCUGAGGAGUGUUCUGAUAUGGUUGUGAUCUCCUCUGACGAUGAUAGCUGA